AUGAACGUUGAUAAAACUAUAUUGUUGCUUAAACAAGGGAAACAUAUAUCUGAAGAUACUGUUUAUUCUUUAUGUUUGAAAGCUCAGGAGUUGUUAAUUAAUGAAGCUAAUGUAACGCAUGUAGAUACACCUGUGACUAUAUGUGGUGAUAUUCAUGGUCAAUUACACGACUUGUUAACUUUAUUUGAUAAGAGUGGUGGUGUUGAAAAGAGUAGAUAUAUAUUUUUGGGUGAUUUUGUUGAUCGUGGAUUCUAUUCUUUGGAGUCAUUUCUUUUACUGCUUUGUUACAAAUUGAGAUAUCCUGAUAGAAUUAGUUUAAUUAGAGGUAAUCAUGAGACAAGACAAAUUACAAAAGUUUAUGGGUUUUAUGAUGAAGUUAUGAGGAAGUAUGGUAACAGUAACGUUUGGCGGUAUUGCUGUGAGGUAUUCGAUUAUUUAUCCUUAGGUGCAAUUAUUAAUAAUAAAAUUUUUUGCGUUCAUGGUGGUCUUUCACCAGAUGUUGAUACUAUAGAUGAGAUUAGAGCUAUAGAUAGGAAACAAGAGGUACCGCAUGAAGGUGCUAUGUGUGACUUAUUAUGGAGUGAUCCAGAUGAAGUAGAAACUUGGUCGUUAUCUCCAAGAGGUGCAGGUUUCUUGUUUGGAGAGAAUGAAGUUAAUAAAUUUUUAAGAACAAACGAUAUUGAAUUAAUUACAAGAGCCCAUCAGUUAGUAAUGGAAGGUUACAAAGAAAUGUUUAACGGUGGUUUAGUAACUGUUUGGUCUGCUCCAAACUAUUGCUACAGAUGUGGGAAUGUAGCUGCUGUAUUAAGAAUAGAAGAUGAUCUAUCAAAAAACUAUACCAUCUUCGAAGCUGUUCAAGCUCAAGAUGGCGUAGGAAAUGCAAUCAUACCUACAAAGAAAACACAGAUGGACUACUUUCUAUGA